UCUAGCUGCUAUUGUUUACUCCGGAGCUGAUUUCCUUUACUCAGCGGGGCAUGCAGCGAAGAUAGCUGGUAUAAGUCAUGCCUUGACGUCCGCUGUUUACUGCUUUCUCCAUCCCACCUCUGCCUCGUGAGUUUCGCCGCUUUGCACUGGGUUCGUUUUGCUUCAUUCGCUCUUGUGAAUAGCUUCCUUCGUUGACAAGCUUUCACAUCAAUUGCCCAUCAUGAAGUCUGUUGUUGCUCUUUCUGCUCUGUCCAUGCUCGCUGGCGCCGAGGCAGCUGAGACCGUUCUUGGAGCGUACAUCUUCCACCGCCAUGGUGACCGUACUCCAAAGGCCCUUGCUCCCACCAACCUGACUACCCUCGGUUACGAGCAGGUUUACACAUCCGGCCAGUACUACCGCUCACGUUACCUGUCCGGCGACUCCAAGAUCCGCGGUAUCAAUGAGGAUGAGGUCAAGCUGUCUCAGCUCCAGGUUCAAGCACCCGUCGACAAUGUUCUUCAGAACUCAGCCAUGGGUUUCCUCCAGGGACUGUACCCCCCGGUCCAGACUGUCUCAACACUUGCCAACGGCCAGAGCGUGCAGGCGCCAAUGGAUGGCUACCAGCUCAUCCCCGUCAACACCAUCGAGACUGGUUCCGGCUCUGAGGACAGUGGCUGGCUGCAAGAUGCGUCGAGCUGCCAGAACGCAAAGACGAGCUCAAACUCCUACUUUGACAGUGCAGACUACAAGAACCUUGCGUCCAGCACUGGUGACUUCUACACCUCCCUCAUUCCCUCCAUCAACGGUGUCAUGGCCGAUGAUCAGGUGACGUUCAAGAACGCCUACGUCGUCUACGACACCAUCCACGUGGCUGAGAUCCACAACAGCUCCAUCCCCAACAACGACACCUUGACCAACACCACCCUCCACCAAAUCGCCACCCUCGCCAACGCCCACGAAUGGGGUCUUGCCUACAACGCCAGCGACAACAUGCGCGCAGUUGCCGGCAUGCAACUCGCCGGAGAGGUCCUCUCUUACAUGAACAACAUCAUCAGCACCUCUGGCGCCAAGAAAUUCGGCAUCCAAUUCGGCGCCUACGCCACCUUCAUGUCUUUCUUCGGUCUCGCAGACCUGCCCAAGGUAUCUGACGACUUCACCGGCGUCGUCGACUACGCGAGCUCCAUGGUCUUUGAGCUCUUCACCAACGCCAACGUCGACUCUGGAUUCCCCAGCGGAGACGACUUGCAAGUACGAUUCUUGUUCCACAAUGGCACGGCGAGCAACGCCAGCGAGCCGGCUGUGUACCCCCUCUUUGGCGGCAGUGAUAACGCUGUGUCUUGGUCUACUUUCCAGGAUAAGCUCAAGGAGUUUGCUAUUGGCUCUACCGAGCAGUGGUGUGACAAGUGUGGCAACACGGCGGGUUCUUGCGCGGCGUUUGUUAACAACGGUGAUGCGAGCGCUUCGCAGCAGAGCGGUGGCAGUGGAAGCGAUAUCUCACCUGCUAUUGGUGGUGUUAUUGGUGCGUUUGUUACGUUGGCGGUUGUGCUGGGUAGCUUGGCGCUGCUCAUGCUUGUGGGUGGGUUCAGGCUGGUUAGCAAGAAGGCGCUUCAGAGGGGUGUUGCGGGCGCAAGUGUUGAGCCUAAGGCUUAGGUUGAGAUACUGUGCAGGUAGAGAGAGGAGGUGAAGGGGAAAGGGAUGGUUUGGUGUGAGGGAGAUUGAGGAUGAUGUGAUUGGAUGUGCGAGAGCAGUCACGACUUGAAUGAUAUCAACGAAUGAAGUUAUGAACGUCAAGUCUAAAUUCUCGUUCCACUGUAUACUU